AUGGCGAACGGUUGGAGCUUGAUCAUCGGCCUCAUUUUCAUCGUUGCUUUCUCAGCCGUCUCGUGGUUUGCUAGCCCCAAGGGCGAGAACCAAACAGUAUGGCGCUCCUCGCUCAUCCUCUCGGCCUGGUCUUGCUACCUGAUGUGGGCCAUCACCUUCCUCGCGCAGUGGCACCCGCUCAUCAACCCGCGGAGGUCUGAUUUGCGGCCUGAGGGUGGCGAGGGCCACAACGUCUUGUUUUGA